CGUCUCUUCAUCUACCUUUCCUUCCCACUUUCACCACAAUAUGGAUAAGCUACGCGAGAAAAUCAACAGCUAUCGCGAUCUUGCCGAUCAGGCGAACGCUCGCGCAGAGUCUUUGGACCAACAACUGAAAGCUUUGCAAGAUUUGAACUCUCAACAGGAGCGAGAAAUAUACUCGCUGAACAAUAGAAACAAGCAGCUUGAGGAAAAAUUAGAAAAAGCGCAGGACGAAGUUGAGCGUUUGAAGCAGGGCGAAAACAAGGAAGAUGAUAUUCGCAAGGAAUAUGAAGCGGCGCAGCGGAAAAUCUCCUUGUUAGAGGCAGAGUUAGAGAAUUCGGACAAGGCAUUACGUGAAACAACUCAAAAUUUCAGAGAAGCGGAUGUCAAAGCAGAACACUUUGAAAGGAAGCGUCAUCAUUUGGAGGCCGAAAUACAGGCGCAGGAAAAGAAAUAUGAUGAUUUGCAAGCAAAAUACCAAGAUCUGGCUAACCAGCUUGAGGAAUUCAGCUCCCAGUUGGAGCAAAUUUAAAAAUCAACUUUGUUAAAUUAUCUCAGCAACUCUAGAAUACCAGGACACUUUCCACAGCUCUGUAUAUAGGAAGGGGAAUGCCAACGCACAAACGUAACUGAUAUCUCUACCUGGCCAUUUUCGGGAGGGAGUCGAUAGUAGUGAACUCCUUUGACUUUUCUAUAUCUAUAACCAAGUUUUGACCUAAUAAUACCGUAGUGCGAAUCCGUUUUACUUUGUUUCUGUUUGUACUUACAAAAAAAAUUGGUCGUCAAUGAAAGGCAGUCUAAGAGUGUUGUUAAUGGC